UUCUUUUGUUUGCUCAAAAAAUGAUAUUUUAUUUUCCUUUAAUGAUUCAUUAUAAAUAAUCAGUAUCAAAGCUAAAGAAAGUAACAAUUCUAAGUGCUAAAUUCAAAAGGUAGCCUACUAAAAUGAAGAGAAGAGUUGUUGAAUGGCUCUUCUUCUUCAUCAUCAUUUGUUGUAACUUUGCUUUCUUAUGCUCCUUAUGUGAAAGUGCUUUCAUCUCAUCAUCAGAAGCUGCUAGCGGCCAUGAUCUCAAACCAUUGAUGAAGGAGAAACAAGUCAAAAGUCAUGUAUUUAAGAGCCAUGAAAGAACGUUCAAGGGUUUGCAUGAAGCACUUUACUCAAGGGACGUGCAAGAAGAAAAGAAAGUGAUUGUUGAUAAAAACAAAAAAGGGAAAGGAUCUUAUGGCGGUGGAGAUCUUCUUCGCCCUCGUACCAAAAAGAGUAGUGGAGCAAACCUUAAAUCUUCCUCAACAAAACUGCUUAGAUACGUAAUGGUUGGGUUGCUCUCUGCUAUGUUUUUCUUUUGAUAUAUAACUUGAUUAUAUGUUACAGCUCAUAAUUUGUAUAUUCGUAUUGUAUCAUCCCAUUAUAUUUUAAAUUUUUAGAUUUAUUCUCAAUUAUAAUAUUAAGUGUUACCUUUCAUUUUAAUUUUUAA